AAGUCAGACAAUGAUUCACAACUGACGCUAUUCCUCCCCCCGCGCGCGGGAGCCGGUGCCAAUCUGGCCGCCAUGCCGGGCUUCGAGCAGUUGAAGCUCGAGUCCAAGACGUCUGCCGCGGAGGCUCAGAAAGCCGCAGAAAAGGCUACCGGCGCCGCCAAGGCGGCGGCGCUCGCCGACUGGGCCAAUGCACUGAGCCGUGAGGGCCAAUACCAGGACGCCGUGGCGCGCGCGUUGGAGGCGCUGGAUCUGUCGGAGGAACUGAAGGACAAGAAGGGCAAGGGCUGCUGCUUCUUGAUCCUUGGAAGGACCCAUUUCCUCAGAGGCGCCCUUCUCUCUGCCCAGCUGGUGGCUGCUAAGGCCCUGAAAGCCUUCCAGGAUCUCAAAGACGCAGCUUGGCAAGAGGCUUCUGCUCAGCUCUUGGUGGCUGCAGCUAUGGCACGGGCAGGCCCCGGGGGUGCAGUAGCUGCGGCGGCCUUUGGCCUGGGCAAUCCGCAGGCGCUACGUGCCCGGCGUGCCGCCAAAGAGGCGGCUGAAGCUAUGCAGGCAGCCUCCGAGCGGCGGCGGCAGAGCCUGUUGCGGAUGAGCGAAGCGAAAGUGCUCAUGAACCAAGGCGACCAUGAAGCAGCUCUGAACUGCGUGGCAGAUCCCCUGGCCCUUGCUGAAGGUGAGCCAGAUGCCAUUGGUGGCGCCAUGCCUAUGUGUCCAGCGGAUUUGGGGAUUGGUCUCAACCCCGAGGUACGUGCAGCCUUGACCGCAGCGGUUGAAGUCUUGAGCAAGACCGGUCAGAAGGCACUGGAUUGGAAGGCGAACGUGUUGGCGAUCCAAGGCGACCUGUCCGCAGCGAAGGCGGCGGCCCAGGAGGCCGUCGCGGCGCUGAAGGCGGACGCGGCUGGACAUGUGGCCGCUUUGAGCACCAUGGCCGGGAUCCAGGCCAAACCACAGCUGAACGAGAAGGCCGAGGCGGUGCAAUCCUCCGAUCAAGCCAUCCAAGUGGCCAAAGGCCUUUCGAAGUCAGCACAGGUCUCGGCUUUAUGCUUGUCCGCUCGGAUUCAGUUGGACAGCAAUCAGUCCCAAGCAGCUCUCAACUUGGCGGGCGAGGAGCCCUUGUUGCAGGUGGAAGCCUUAUGCAGUUUGGCUCAGGCUCAGCUCCAGCAGAAUCUGCCCAGUGAGGCUGUGGUCACCAGCCAGAAGGUCUUGAAGAUCUUUACUUCCCUGAACGACACCGUGGGGCAGGUGGCGGCUGGCUGCAUGGUGGCCAUUGCUAGCUCCAUGCUCGGAGAGGCCUCUGCGGCGCAACAGGCAGCGAGUGAGGCCUGUCAAGUGGCACUCGAUGCUGAAGACUUGGGCAAUGAGGCGGGCGCUCGCUUGGCCCUCUUGCUGUCCACGCUCACGAACCAUCGCCCCAAGGAGGCCCUGCAGUCAGCGCAACGUUUGGUGAAGACCUGCCGCAUCUGCGAGGACCCAGUGGCGGAGUCUUGGGCUUUGCUGGAACUCUCGCGCUUGCAAAUGGCGGAAGAUCCUGGCCAGGGUGUGCGGUCUGCCGAAGAAGCGCUGGCCACUGCCACGUCUCUCUCCGGCCCCGUCGCGCGCUGCGCCGUGGCCGCCGGCGUCGCCGGACUGGCGCGGGCACAUUGCGGGCGCGGGAAGCCGACCGCGGCGCGGCGCGUGGUGGAGAAGCUGCAGGAGCUGCCUGGCCGUGGCUCCGAUGCCUUGGCGCUGGGCCGGAGGGGCGAGGCCUUGGCGCAGCUUCUGGCGGCGAAAGUGCUGUUGGGCUCGGCGCAGGCGGUGGGCGCCGCCAAGGACGCGCAGGCCCUCCUUGCUGGCGGUCGCGACCAAGCGGGCGAGGCCGCUGCGUCCUUGGCAGUGGCACAGGCCUUGCUAGCGCAGCAGAGCUUGGAAGGUGCCCUCGGCGCAGCGGCCGGCGCGGCUGAGAGCUUCAAGGCAUCUUGUGGCGUGGGACAGGGGGUGGCUCUGUGUUGCAUGGCCACCGUCCAGUUGCGGAUGGAAGAUGCCUUGGAAGCCGAAAAGAGUGCUAAGGAGGCACUUCGAAUCUUUCAACAGAUCCGAUCCUUCUCUGCAUUGAAGCGCUGCAGUGCUGUCUGCGGGGAAGCGCGGGCGCGGCAGCUUCUGGCGCACACGCAGCUGAAGAGCUUGGAGCCCAGCUCCGCCAGGGUGUUCUUCGACGAGUUCAACUGUGCGCACUUGGAGAUCAGUGAAAUGUCUUCGCAGGAGUCGCUGGAAGCAGCGGUGGCCACACUCCACAACAUGCAACGCGCGCGGAACAACGUGAAGGCAGUGGUGAUGCAUUUGGAGGGUUUGGUGGGACCCAGCAAGAUGCACAGCUACGCCUUGAGUAGUGGGAACUUCUUGGUGGGCUUGCGAUCCUUGAGUAUUCCCAUCAUCCUGGCUGCUUGUGGCAAGAUUGCUGGACCUUCAUGGCAACUGGUCCUGGGCUGUGAUUACCGAAUCUGCUCCAAUGACACUGACUUCCUCUUGCCUAUCAUCUCACCACCGGAGUGCCUUGGGGAAUUGGUGGGUUCCGCCUUAGCCUCGCAGCUCUGCAUCAGCAGCGGCACCUUGGACGCGCAAGCGCUGCAGGAGCUGAACAUCCUCAACCAGGUCCGGCCCAAUAAGGACGAAACCGCGCGGGCGGCCAGUGAACUGGCCAAAUGCAUCGCCGGUUUCCCAGGUAUCGCCUGCCGCCAGACCAUGAGUUUGCUGACAGUGCCACCUGUGCGCUAUACCACGGUAGGGUCGUACAAGCUGCCGGAUCCCGAUGUCAUCGCAUAAAGAAACAGCAGCCAGAAGCAGAUCCAUUCUGUUCAUCCUUGAU